AUGAGGCAGCUCUUGACCACUCUCUGCUGCCUGGUGGUGCUGGCCAGUGCCUGGAGCAGACAGCAUUUCGAGACCAUGUCGGAGGAGCUGAUCAACUUAGUCAACAAUUAUAACACUACAUGGCAGGCUGGACACAACUUCUACAAUGUGGAUAUGAGCUACAUUAAGAGUUUGUGUGGCACCCGGCUCAAGGGACCCAGGCUGCCCGAGAGAGUUUUCUUAGCUGAUGAAAUGGAUCUGCCAGAAAGCUUUGAUGCCCGGGAGAACUGGCCAAACUGUCCAACCAUCAAAGAGAUCCGAGACCAGGGUUCCUGUGGUUCUUGUUGGGCAUUUGGGGCGGUGGAGGCCAUUUCGGACCGGAUCUGCAUUCAUACCAAUGCGCAUGUCAGUGUGGAGGUAUCUGCAGAGGACAUGCUAACCUGCUGUCACUUGGAGUGUGGGGAAGGUUGCAAUGGGGGCUUUCCCGCUGGAGCUUGGAACUUCUGGACCAAGAAGGGUCUGGUUUCUGGUGGCCUCUAUGACUCCCAUGUAGGCUGCAGACCCUAUUCCAUUCCUCCAUGUGAACACCAUGUCAAUGGCUCCCGACCCCAGUGCCAGGGAGAAGGAGAGACUCCCAAAUGCAGCAAGACCUGUGAGGCUGGCUAUUCCCCAUCCUACAAAGAAGACAAGCAUUAUGGACAUAGCUCCUACAGUGUUCCUUCUUCAGAGCGUGAGAUCAUGGCUGAGAUCUACAAAAAUGGUCCAGUCGAGGGAGCCUUCAGUGUAUAUUCAGAUUUCCUGAUGUACAAGUCUGGAGUGUACCAACAUGUAACUGGAGACAUGAUGGGAGGCCAUGCCAUCCGGAUCCUGGGUUGGGGAACGGAGAAUGGUGUCCCCUACUGGCUGGUUGCCAACUCUUGGAACGUUGACUGGGGUGACAAUGGCUUCUUUAAAAUCCUUAGAGGAGAGGAUCACUGUGGAAUUGAAUCAGAAAUUGUAGCUGGAAUCCCACGCACUGACCAGUACUGGAAACGGAUUUAA